CCUUGAUCGCCGAAUUUCAGAAUCACGCUGAGCAGAGAGCUCGUCGCGCCAACGCACGCAAACGGAACGUUCCAUCGGACAAAUCUGAUGAUCCCAAUAGCCAGCCCAACGGUCAACCUAACGGCCAUUCCAACGGCCAACCCAACUGAGAUGCUUCUCGAUGGUCAGUCUACACUCGUCUAGCUUUAUACAUCGCAUGUGCGCGGUCUGCGUGGCAUCGAAACUUGCUCAUCAACCCGCAGACCCGUACCGACUGACCAUUGAGUGUGAUUUGAUGCUUGAUGAAGAAGAAGUGGCUGUUCAAAUCUCUCAUAUCUCUCAAUCUGUUUCGAAUCUGCGUGGCAUCGCCUUUCUUACAUAUCAACCCGCAGACCGUACAGACUGACCAUGGAAUGUGUUUUGAUGCUUGAUGAAGAUACAGUGGCUCUUUUACAUCUCUCUUUUCUUAUCUUAUAUGUCACCGGAUCUGCGUGGCAACUCAUAUUCAUCUCAACCCGCAGAUCCGGUUCGGACUGGUCAUGGAGUAUGCUUUGGUUCGCUUGUUCACGAUACGAUGGCUCCUUUAUAUCUCUCGAAUCUCAUCUUGGUAUCGAAUCUGCGUGGCAUCUCACUACCAUAUCAACCCGCAGGUUCGUUACCGACUGAUAUUGAGGAUGCUUUUUCUGAUGCUCGACGAUACACAUCUCACAUUCGCAUCAUGUACUCGGCUUCUAGAGGCACUCUACUCAUUUCCAUCUCAACCCAGAGCCGAUUACAAACUGAUCGUUGAGUAUCUGAGCUCGCUCGAUUACGGUUUACUGCACUUCAUAUAUAGCUCGAUGGAUCAAGGCGUCACUGCUACCUCAUGACACACGCAUCUCUCAUCUCUAUCGCUUACUCGGCGCUCCGCGUGGCAUCUCAAACUAUACGCUAUCAACCCGCGGAAGCGUCCGUACACUGAAGUCUAAGUGUGUCUGGAUCGCUUCUUCAUGGUUCAUCUGCUUCACAUACAUCUCUCACUGCUCUCUCAAAGUAAACAGCACUCUGUGUGGAACUCACAUUUACAUCUACAUCAUCCCGGAGCUGCUGUUACUAUCGAAGUGCAACCAAAUCGGCAUCUACAAUCGUCUCACUCUUUAUCGACUUUAUCGACAAUACAACAAAGCACCUCAUCCUCAAUAUCACUCCCUCAUGGUCAGCUUGAUUUCAUCUCUCUCUCUCUCAACAUUACGGAGUUACGGAAGUUUUUCGAGCCAUUCGUGCAUAGCGCUUAAUUCCACAGGCAGGCGAAGUUAUUGGCGUUUCUUUUAGAUUAUGCUUUGCUUGCUUGCUCAAUUUUUUGUUUUCUUAUUUGGUCAUUCGAAGAACUAGAAUGGACCUGGACGGGCUGUAUUAUCUUGUUGUUUCUUCUCUUUUUCCCCUUCACUAUUUUACUUUUUCUGUACUGUAGGAUGACUUUUAAUUCUCGAACUUCGAAAUUGGGUGGAUAGCCAAGGCAAUAGCACAGCGGGUUAAUUUAAAUAAUUU